GUGCGGUAGUAUGCAGGGCGGAUAGAAACACAGAGGCGCCUAGCGACGGUUGCUAACAACUUGCUCUCAGGAGGCUCCUCCAGCCAGUGCAGAUAAUUCACCCUGCUGUUUUUAAACUAACUCUCUGAAGUGCAGUUGUUUUAGCUCAUCACUGUCGUCAUGCCUCGUGGAAGAUCAGCGGUAAGCGUCCACUCUGACGCCAGCGACAUGGACACUGAUGCACUGGCAGAGACAGAGAUGAGCAAGCUACAGAGGCAGUUUCGCAUCAUGGAGGGCGAGCGGCAGGCCUACAGCAUCCAGUCACAGGAGCUUAUUCGCAAACAGCGGCUGGAGAUGGAGAAGCUGUGCGAGGAGCACGAGGAGCUGCAGAAGAACCUGCGUGCGUCCGAGAGCCAGUCACGUAGACAGACCGACAGCCACGACGCCCAGCAGCUCCGAGCUCUCCUGAACCGCCGCAGCGAGCUCGACGAGCAGCUGGAGAGAGAGAGACUCGUUCAAGCAGAGAUCGAGCGAGAGAGCCAGAGUAUUCAGAAGAAACUGGAAGAGCUGAGAAAAGGAGAUGUUAGUACCGUUCACAGUCAGAAGCCUCAGACUCGCCACAUCCAAAAGGCCACUCGCACCCUGGAAAAUAAACUGGACCGGGCUCACGUUCGCUUCAAUGAGCAGCUGGCGAAGAACAGCCAGCUGAGAGGGGAGCUGGAGACGCUGCGCAUGGAGCGCGUCCGCUUCCAGCAGCUGCACCGCAAACUGGACAAGGAGCUUCAGGAAAUCCGGCGGGAGAUUGGCGAUGUCAUCGGCAUGUCGACAGCAGCUUAUGAUGCCAGAGUGGAGGCCCAGACGAAGAUGACGAUGAUGAAGGAGAAGGCGGUGAAGGACCUGGCGCAGUACAGCGCCGAGAUGAAGGAGCUGGAGAGGCUGAUCGCACACGAGCAGCGCCUUAAAGACUUCAUGACUACCAAGUGCAACGAGAGGACAGGACUGGACGACACACUCAGCCCCACACACGAAAUGAAGGAGCAGCGGAGGACCGACUCGGAGGUGGCGGCGGAGACUCUAGAAGAAGUUUUCCAGCGGAUCCAGAAGGUGACCGGCGAGGACGAUUUGGACCUGCUAGUCACCAAAUUUAUCCAGGCUGAAGACAGGAACUUUGCUCUCUUUAAUUACGUGAACGAGCAAAACACACAGGCUGAGGCUUUGAAAGAUCAAAUCAGACAGAUCAAAGAGGAGAUGGAGAGGUUCCAGGUGGAGGAUCUGCAGCAGGAGCAGGAGCAUCACACCAACCUGAAGCAGAUAGAGGAGCAGCAGAGAGACGCUGAAGCUCAGGCCCUGGAGUACGAGGCUCAGGCUAAAGAAAUCACCGAAACCCUGGAUCAGAUCAAGACAGGAGUGAGCGACGUGUUUAAUAAGAUCGAUUGCGACCGUGCAGCGGUGGACGAUUUACUCGGUUCUUCGGCAGGAAUCAGAGACUCCAACAUCAUGACGUACCUGAGGCUGGUGGAGCAGAAAACCAACGAGCUGCUCACCGUGCAUGCCUUCAUCAACUCCAAGGACCCGGAGAAGGAUUAUGAUCCGAAGCUGGUGGCUCAGGUGCUGCUUGGGCAAAGUGAGGAGAUGGAGAAGCAGGCCCCUGUCGUGCAGCCUCCGGUUUCUGGGGAUGACUAUGAUAUAGAAGAGUUGCUACUACCACACGAGGACGAGCGACCUUUGACCCAGGAAGAACUUCGACAGCGCAUUAUGAACAUGAUUCUUCAUAAGGAAGAAGCGUUGCAUGCUGGGAAGAACAAAGAGGCCAGGUCUGCUAAAGUCAGCGCUCUGUCCAGCCACAGACAGCACACACUCGAGUCCACCCUCUGAAGACUCGGCUCUGCUUCGCGAUCUUGAUUACUGUACACGUGUGUCUUGGGACCUGGACAUUGUCUGGUGUAAAAAUACAGAAAUACAGAAAUGCAUCGAAAUGCUGUGUGAAAUAAAUCGCACCUCCACUUUCUCUACUUCUAAAAAUAUAUUUCGAAAAGCAAACUGAUGCAAGAUUUCCUUUUAGUUUUCACAGCCAUUUAAAACUAGAUGAAAAGGGUAAUUUUUAAAACAACAGAUAUCACAAUCAGUCUUCUCUGACUGCUGAUACUCUUACAAGAAUUUUUUGUAUUUUUUUAAAAUAUGGAUCGAUAAGAUAAGAUGUACUUUAUUGAUCCCCAAGGGAAAAUUCGGGACAAUGUGCAGAUUUGCAUGCUUUAUAAAACCAAAAACCAAGUCUUUGAAUGCUGUUAGAGAACACACUCUUACGAGAAAGACUUUUAGAGAAACAGUUUGUUGGAAAAUCAACCGAGAAAACACCAUAUGCUAUUAAAAAUAUUGUCUGUAGUGCCAUUUUCAGUAUACAGUUAUCAUAAAUAUGACAGUUAUCAACAUUGUGAAAAAGAAAUUCAGUAACACAGAUACAUAUCAGAUACAUCAAGACCUAUACUUCAUUAUAAUAACAGUUAUAGUUACAUUUAAAUUAUCGUUAAAGUUACUUAUAAGCAAUUACAUAUAAGCAGCAUCAUGAACAGAUUCAUGGAACCAUAAUACUGACUAAUUAAUACUUAUAAAUCGGUGUAUAAUGCAUUAUGAGCAUGGGGACUGAACAAGCACGUGCAUCACUUAUAAGUAAUUAUAACAAUAAUAUAAAUGUAACUAUAACUGUUAUUAUAAUGAAGUAUAGGUCUUGAUGUAUCUGAUAAAUGUAUUUAUAGAACAGUAGUACUUGCUUAUAAUUCAUUAUGAGUGUGGGUUUCAUAGAACGUUUUUGAAGAAACACUCCUCUGUAAAAGCUUCUAAUCAGGAAAAGGAAUGCACACAUGAAAUGUCACGAAUGCAAGGUCAUUUUUUUGGUCCUGAACAAAGAAAAAAUUAUCUGGGGAAAAAAAAAGUGAUUUCAUGUAUUUCCACACCAGUGAGUGUGGUUUAUAGGGUUGAUAAAUGAAAAACUGACAU